AUGGCAAGCUGGACAGAACCGUUCUUGUUUGGACCCGUGACAGUUCAGAGAAAGGCCACAGAAGUUUUGGGGUCCAUUGACAAUAAAGCGACAUCUCACAAGCGACUUUCCAAAAAAAGCCAGAGCUGGUACAACGUCCUGAGUCCCACAUACAAGCAGCGUAAUGAAGACUUCAGGAAGCUCUUCAAGCAGUUACCGGACACAGAGCGCCUUAUUGUGGACUACUCAUGCGCUCUCCAGCGGGACAUUCUCCUGCAGGGCCGCCUCUACCUCUCUGAAAACUGGAUCUGUUUUUACAGCAACAUCUUUCGCUGGGAGACACUGCUUACAGUUCGGCUGAAAGACAUCUGCUCCAUGACGAAAGAGAAAACCGCGCGUCUGAUUCCCAAUGCCAUACAGGUGUGCACGGACACCGAGAAGCACUUUUUCACAUCGUUUGGUGCAAGAGACAGGACUUACAUGAUGAUGUUCAGACUUUGGCAGAAUGCACUGCUGGACAAGCCUCUCUGUCCUAAAGAGCUCUGGCACUUCGUACAUCAGUGCUAUGGAAAUGAGCUGGGCCUCACUAGCGAUGAUGAAGACUAUGUGCCGCCUGAUGAUGAUUUCAACACCAUGGGAUACUGUGAGGAGAUCCCAGCGGAGGAGAACGAGGUCAGUAAUGAUAACUCAUCCAAGAGCAGCAGUGAGAACAAGCCAGACAACAGUUCUCCUCCGUCACACAAGAGAUCCAUCACACACUCCACCACACCUCCCAGCAGCACUGAUACGCCACUGUCUUUUGACAUUGCAGCUGAGGAGUACACAGACUGCCUUCCUGAUGGAGAUCUGCUGCCGCUCCCUCUGCUGGCUGAGGAGAGGAACAGCGAGCCGGCCAGUCCUCUGGACCCUGUGCCACCACCUGCACUGGACUUCAACGACAAUGAGGAUAUACCCACUGAUCUCAGUGAUUCCUCAGAGACAGAUGAUGAAGGGGAUGAAGUUCAAGCAUUCCACGAGGAUCUGAACGGCCGUCAGUACAUUAAUGAGGUGUAUAAAUUCAGUGUUGAUAAGCUGUACACCAUCCUCUUCACCGAGUCCCAGUUCAUGACAGACUUCAUGGAGCAGAGGAGAUUUACAGAUGUGGUGUAUCAGCCUUGGAAGAAGGAAGAUGCUGGAAAUCAGACCAGGGCCAUCGUGUACACAAUUUCCCUGACCAACCCACUGGCUCCUAAAACAGCUACAGUUACUGAGACGCAGACUCUGUAUAAGGCCAGCCAGGAGAGUGAGUGCUAUAUCAUCGAUGCUGAAGUCAUCACUCAUGACGUUCCGUACCACGACUACUUCUACACCCUAAACCGCUACAUGCUGACGCGCGUGGCCAAGAACAAGUGUAGACUGAGGGUUUCUACAGAGUUGAGGUACAGGAAACAGCCAUGGGCGCUGGUGAAGGGCUUCAUUGAGAAGAACUUCUGGAGUGGGCUAGAUGAGAACUUCAAAAGCCUCGAACUGGAGUUAGGAAAGAUAGAGGACGCUCUAAUGGAAAGCCACAGACUGUCUCCUAAUGCUAAAGCAGUCAAGAACUCCAGCCUAAGGCGGAGAAAAAGACCCCCCGCCCACCUGCGCACAGCCCAUCUAGAUGAGACCCUCAGUCCUGUGACCACACCAACAGACGAGGAGGUCAUCCACCGCAUCAAACACGUGGCAGGUUCCACUCAGACAAGACACAUUCCUGAGCACACGCCAGGGGGCGGGAUUUUCUGCAACCUCUCUAAACCACUACUCAUCAUCAGCUUUGUGAUCUGUAUAAGUCUGGUGCUACUGGUGUUUUUGAAUGUGAUGCUGUUCUACAAACUCUGGAUGCUGGAGUAUUCUGCACAAAGCCUCACCAGCUGGCAGGGCUUACGCCUACAUGAAAGCAGUAAACUGCCGCAGACACAGAUGGAAUGGGCACAGCUCCUGGAGUCCCAGCAGCGCUACCAUGACGCUGAGCUGCAGAAAUGGAGAGAAAUCAUUAAAUCUUCAGUACUGUUAUUGGAUCAGAUGAAGGAUUCCUUACUGAGCCUACAGAAAGGUGUGGGUCUACGAGAUUACAACUCAGACUCGGACGAGAAGAGGAGUCGAUAUUACUGACACUUACCCUCCAGGCCACCAGGGUGCGCUGUGCAAUGUAGAGCCACUUAUGAGAACGAAAGGCAAAAAACAAAGGGCCCAAAUGUGCAUGUAUGACUAUGCAUACUAAACAAAAGAGACACUUGAUAGAGACCAGAAGAAGAAGAGAUGGACCAGAAACUGCCAUCGGCCAAUCCAAGUGGACAGCAAGCCCACAGGAAGUGGGGCCAUAUCUGUCCCAUGGAAUUGUGGGACGGCUAGAGUCCGAAUGGGCUCACCGCUGUUCCAGCUUUCUUUCAGGUUCUCUUUCUGAGGAUGUUACUGUUUGCAAAGUAACGGAACGGACCUGAGGAAGAAAAUGAAGAGCAUGCUUUUUAUUUGUUUUAGCCCUCCUUUCUUUUGAAGUGUUUUUAUUGGUACAAGGAAUGAGGAAAAUGAUCUUUUAGCUUGCUUUUGACCUGUAACGGCAGAGCUGCCCUGUCCCUUUUCCCACUUGUGAGAGUUUUGCACAGAAAGCAUUAUGAAAUCUAGUUCACUCAUGCUCUACAGUAGUAUCAAGGCUGGUUUCCUUGAUAAUUCUGCGAAAAUUAUUAAGAAAGUUAAAACUAGUUUCCGCAAAAAGGGCCACUUGCGCUAAAAACAGAGACCUUAAAUUUCUCAAAUUUAAGCUAAAGAGUUUUUGCGCCAGAGAAAAACUGAAAAGGGACACCGCAGCCAGAAAGAUGGAUAAACAUUGUUCGUUUUUUGAUUACUAAACUGUGAUAUCUCCUGCUUUAUUUGAAGAUAUAUAUGAAUAUGUUUGAAAUAUAUACUUUAUUCAAGAUUUAAUAUAUAUUUCAAUAUAUAGAGAGAGGUCAUUGUAGAUAUUUAUUGUUAAUUUAUGUACAUAGAACACUUAUCAAAGCUCUAGAAGGAAAGAGUUUAUAAUUAUUAAACUGCGUUUUAUUCAGUGACACGCACAAGCACGUUUGAGACGUGUCCGUGUGAGCAUGUGCGUGUGUGUGUCGUAAGUUGAUCUGUCUAUUUUGAUGAAUGUAAGAAUGUCCGUGUGAUGUUUUAAAUCAUUCCACUUGUACGUCUUGUGUCUUCCCUCCCGGCACAUGAAGCCAAA